CCUGCCGAAAAAAAAAGUGCUGUAAUUAGUCCGUUAGAGCAUAUCAAUUUUCAAAGUUUUGGACUGAGGAAGCAAAAGGUCAAAUAUCACUUGACGAUCAACACAGAGGUUCACAUCUGCUAUUGACUGGCAGAAAAAAAAAGAAGAAGAAGAGAAGGAAAAAAAAAACAGUCAAAAUGUUUGCCGUCCCUGGAUGGUCGCUUUCUGCAGACAAGCUCAAAACAGAGACUGUAGCAAAAUCUUCAAAUGCCCCAGCGGCUGCACCCUCAAGGAAAAGAAAGAGAGCUAAAGCUCCCGUCGAAGAUGUAACCAAGGACAAUGUCACAGACCUCUGGGAGCAGAUCAUUGAAAACAAGGAGAAAGCCAAGGGCGCGACUUCUUCCAAGCCAAAGGACAGCAAGCGGCAAAAGGCGAAGAAAGGUGACCGCCCUCCUGGCGGAGCAGCAGCAGCGCCAACGCCAAAUGCUCAGCCAAAACCUGACCAGGCGAGUCCCGUAGACGGAGACUCGGCCAGCAAGUCAGAGAAAAAAUCUAAGAACAGGAACAACAAGAAGCAACGCGGCACAGAUGAAGCUGCCGAAUCCUCGCCUACGACAGCAGCCCUAGCACCAGCAGCAGCGGGCAAGCCGCCGCCGCCGCCGCCAAAGCUCACGCCGCUGCAGGCAUCUAUGCGUGCCAAGCUCAUCUCUGCUCGCUUCAGGCACCUCAACGAGACGCUGUAUACGCGUCCGUCAGAGGAGGCUUACAAGCUGUUUGACGACUCGCCCGAGAUGUUUGCCGAGUACCAUGAGGGAUUCCGCCAGCAAGUCGAGGUUUGGCCCGAAAACCCCGUGGACGGCUACAUUGCCGACAUCCGCGCUCGUGGCGCCGUCCGGCCGCCGCCGUCAUUCCACAACAAGAACGGCAGGCGACCCCCGAAGAGGCAGCUGGCGCCCGGCCCCGGCGAGCUCGAACCUCUCCCGCGUACCGCUGGCACUUGCACCGUGGCAGACUUGGGCUGCGGUGACGGUCGGCUGGGCAUCGAAAUGCAGCCCCUGGCCGAGAAGCUGCGCGUCCAGGUCCUCAGCUUCGAUCUGCACAGCCCGGCGCCGCACGUCACCAAGGCCGACAUGGCCAACGUGCCCCUCCCGGACGGCUCGGUCAACGUCGCUGUCUUCUGUCUCGCCCUGAUGGGGACUAACUGGCCGGCCUUCAUCGAGGAGGCCUACCGACUGCUGCACUGGAAGGGCGAGUUGUGGGUGGCCGAGAUCAAGAGCCGGUUCGCGCCGGCCGGUGCCAGGAACAAGAAAGGCGGCGCGGCCGUCGUUGACCACAGUGUUGGCAAGAGGCGCAAGAAGUCGGCCAAGGGAGGUGAAGAUGGGGAUGCUAAUGGCCAGGUAGAGGCGCUUGCUGUCGAGGUUGACGGAGCCGAUGACAGGCGAGGCGAGACCGACGUCUCGGCUUUCGUGGAAAUCCUAACAAGGCGGGGUUUUGUUCUUUCCGGCAACGGUGGCGAUGGGAUUGACCUGAGCAACAAGAUGUUUGUCAAGAUGCGUUUCAUCAAGGGAGCAGCUCCCACGGUCGGCAAGUGCGUGACCAAGACCCCCAAGCCGCUGGAAAUCACUGGUUUGUCCAAGAAACGUGGGCCGGAGGUUCCUGACGUACCGGAUGUGACGGAGGAGGCCAAAGCUCUCAAACCGUGUGUGUACAAGAUCCGUUGAUAUACGAUACUUGUCGGAGCAAAUGAAUUUGCCGAGCAAAAGGCUCGCGUGUACACGGAGAUCUUGGCGUGAAUGUCGCGAGAUGACUCCAAGCUCUACGUAUUUUUCUCGUUUUGAUUUCAGUUACCCACUCAUCAUUUGGCAGUUGAUAAGACAUCACGCACUGAAAGGUCUUCACAUAAAUCAUAGUUCUAUUCCCGUAGGUCCAAGCCGAGUUUACCUUGCGAAUAUGCAUCGACACCUGCCAUUCCGUAUCUGCGCCAUGGUAGCAAAACACGCUGUGAUAGUCAAAUACCAAAAAUACGAAAUUCAAGAGGGC